AUGAAGCGUCUCAAUUCCAACAAAGACGACAACGUCCCCAUCUACAUUUACAUCCUGCUGGUGGUGAUUCUAUCCCUCAGCUUCCUGGGUACCUAUCUGGACUCGACCAAGCGUGUCAACUACCUCCCCGGCCAUAUCCACGCAUUCUACCUCGAAUACGUAUACUACGCCAAUCGCAACGCAGGGACAGGUGAAGCACCACGUCGCGCGCCGGGAGUCUAUUCCGAGCGGAUUCAGCGCGGGGGGAAUCAUCACACGACGUAUGGCACGAUCCCUUGA